AUGAUUUAAUAAGCAAGUUUGAAGCUAAAAUGUUAAGAAGAUAACCAUAAGGAAGAGAUUGAUUUUAUUUGUUAUUAUGAAUUUUGUACAGGAUUUAGAUUAAAUUGUUUUGAUUGUUUUAAAAAGGGAAUUCAUCAUACUCAUUCUGAAGAUGUUAAAAAAGUUAACAGUUUGAUUCCAUUUAUUGAAAGUAACAAUAAAGAGUGUGACAAUUUGAUUGAUGAUCUAAACAAAUGUGUAGAAAGUCUGAAUCAAUCUUUCUCUUAAUUAACUAAAGGAAUCAGAAAUAAAUAUUCAUUAGUAAAAGAAAGGCUAGUGAAUAUGAAUUCUUACUAAAUUAAUGAUUAUUUGAAUUCAACUGUUACAUUAAAUGAAUAUAAAUAAUCAAUUUUAAAAAUCAUUUAGGAAUAGAUAAAGAAAUUAAAUCAUUCAUUUGAUAAUUUAUAUGAAUAAUUGUAAUUAUCAUCAUUUAAUUAUUAUUAAAUUGAAGACAAUCAUUUUGAACAAGCUGAAGAUCUAUGCAAUUAAGGUAGACUAAAUAUUAUUUUUUUAGGUAAGAAAUUAUAUUUGGAUUUUAAUUAUAAUGAGGCCUUAAAAUAUUUAAAUAGUUCAAUUUUAAUAAAUCCUAAUAACAAGGAAUCUUUAUAUUAUAAAGGUUUGAAUGAUAAUAUAAUUAUAAUAGGUGAUUGUUUAAUGAUACAAGGUAAAUAUGAGGAUGCAAUCACUUGGUUGGAUAAAGGGUUAGCUAUUGAUCCAAAACAUGUUGUUUCCUUAAGUAAUAAAGGUAGAUUUCAUCAUCAUAUUAAUAGGCUAAUGUUUAAGGGGAUUAGGUAAAUAUGAGGAUGCAAUCACUUGGUUGGACAAAGCAAUAGCUAUUGAUCUAAAACAUGUUGUUUCGUUAUGUAAUAAAGGUAGAUUUCAUCAUCCUUAUAUAAAUAGGUUAAUGUUUAAGGAUGUUAAAUAAACACGAGGAUGCAAUCACUUGGUUGGAUAAAGCACUAGCUAUUGAUCCAAAACAUAUUGUUUCCUUAAGUAAUAAAGGUAGAUUUCAUCAUCAUAUUAAUAGGCUAAUGUUUACUGAUGAUAGGUAAAUAUGUUGAUGCAAUCACUUGGUUGGACAAAGCAUUAGCUAUUGAUCCAAAACAUGUUGGUUCCUUAUGCAAUAAAGGUUGAC